UUCUACUGAAAAUUGUUUAAUUGUAUUCAUAAAGAUGGAUCCAGCAUUGCUGAAGGAGAGAGAAGCUUUCAAAAAGAGGGCGCUAGCACAACCAUCAGUCGAAAAGAGAAAGGCCCAGAAAAGAACUGAAAAUGAUCGCAGUACUAAGAAGGCACGGCCAGCGCCAAAACCUAAAGCCGAUUUUAACUACAAGGCAAUGCAAGGAAGUUCACAGUUUAAGUUUGGAAUAUUGGCAAAAAUAGUUAAAUAUAUGAAGCAACGGCAUCAACAGGGAGACACUUAUCCAUUAUCAAUUGAUGACAUUCUUGACGAAACAAAUCAACUUGAUGUCGGAGCACGGCAUAAACAAUGGCUAUCGACUGAGGCCCUCGUCAACAAUCCCAAAAUCAACGUCGUCGAUGACAAUAAGUUUGUCUUCCGCCCGAAGUAUAACAUCCGAGACCGGAGGGGGUUAAUGCGAUUGCUGGAGCGGAACGACCUGAAAGGAUUGGGCGGUGUUUUGAUGGACGACGUCGAAGAGGCUGUGCCGAAAUGUGGGCGAGUUAUUCAGCAAUUGGGCAGCCAAAUCACCAAAAUCACGCGACCCGCCGAUAAAAAAGAAAUCCUCUUCUACAACGAUAAGAGCUUUGACUUCACAGUUGACGAGGAAUUUAUAAAAUUAUGGCGAGGCGUGUCCGUAGAUGGGGUAGAUGAAAAUAAGAUAGAUGAGUACCUGGACCAGCGGGGAAUCACUACCAUGCAGGACGUCGGAGCAAAAACAGCAGUAAGUUCCAAUGGGUGGUGCAUAACUGAUGGAACAGCCCUGAUGUAUGUUAUGUAA